AUAAAACAGUGUUUAAAAAGGCGCCAGGAUGCCCGGAGUGAAGCUGACGGAUGUUAAUCCGGAGCUGGUGUGCGUCCUCUGUCACGGCUACUUUAUCGAUGCCACCGCCAUCAAAGAAUGCCUCCACUCGUUUUGUCGGAGUUGUAUUAUUCUCUACCUAGAGGCGAAGAAUUAUUGCCCAAAGUGUCAAGUGCCCAUAAACACCAGCAAGCCGCAUUUAAGUCUGAAGCCAGAUAAAACACGGCAAGACAUUGUCUACAAAUUAGUGCCUGGACUAUUUCACUCAGAAAUGCGGAGGAGACAAGAAUUUUACCAAAAGAACCGUUUUAGAGAUCUGCAUUUGCAUCCGGAAGCGAGAGGAGUGGACGUUGAUAGACUGAUUUAUUCCCCCGAGGAUAGCAUUAGCUUGUCUUUGGAAUACUAUGACAGUGAUAGAGAGAAAGAAGAGUGGAGCAAAGGAGUCGCUGCCGGAGAGAAGACAACCGUCAACACGAGCAUCACCCCCGAUCUCGCUUCCUCGCCCGGUGGCUCCCCUGAAGCAGCCAAAGAAUCUGUCACGCAGUCGCCUAACAAACAGUUGGAUCGAAGUACUCCAAGAAAACGGUACUUGCAAUGCCCCGCGGAAGUCAGUAUGCGUCAUCUGAAGAAAUUCGUCCGUAUGAAAUACGAACUUCCGCCAGAAGCUUCGGUUGAAUUGUUUUACAAGAGGGAGUCCUUACCAGAUGAUUAUUCACUGAUGGAUAUUGCUUACAUUUAUACCUGGAAAAGGAAUGGACCUAUGCGAUUUUACUAUCGAAUCCAUAGUCCACGCCGAGUGCUCUGUGAUAGCAACGCCUCCGUGAAAGAAGCAUCUGCUCCCGAAACUGAACUCUUUGUUCCGGCCGUUAGUGCAUCAGAACCCAAGCCGCCAUCUCCUGCGGUAGUGGAACCGCAAGUACCUUCUCUGAAUACGACCAGUAUCCCACAGCCGGAAACCAUUUCGCUGAACGAAACACAUCCUAGUCGGAAGACGCCUGAUGAAUCACAGUCUGUAGCCAAGGCCGCGACCCCUCCGCUUAUCGAAGUUGACACGAUAGAAAAAGUGGCGUCCAAGAAGGGAUUCGAAGAAAGACCAUCCUCGCCGAGGAGCAUUGUCUUGGUACCCACAGGAGAGUCCCCAGGAAAACCUACCACACCCUCAACCACCAGUAUCACUGCAAGUACGCCUUCGAAUGUGCCGGUGACCUCGAGGUCCAAAGGUAUUUGUUACCGCAAAGCUACUUCUCCUUCGCCUGAGAAACCUGCCGACCCUAUGGCCACGUACGAUUUUACAGAGGAUAAAACACCCGCGAGGAAUUUGGAGAAGUCCAUCAACUCGAUUAAAAAAUCCGGAAUGAAAUUGAACGGAAUCAGCAAAACUAAUGGAAAUAACGUUUUACUCAAGUCCAAGAGUUCGAAUGCUUCCAUUACUAAUGAUAACCGCAGAGUUAAUACUGCAACCCCAACCUCAAAAGCGCAAGUCAUUCCCUCAUCCUCUGUUACGCAAGGUGUAAAUACCAGUACCCCAACAACCACCGCACAAACCUCAGUUCAAAUGCAUUUACCGUCCCAUGCUCCUUCAGAUAAAAGCCCGGCGAAAAAUCCUCAGGUUGAACUUAAAAAUCCUUCUAAUACCACACCCGUUCCAUCAAAUCCGGGAUCCAACACUAACUGCGUUAACACGCCAAGUCAAAAUAUUCCGAAGAACACUAACUGCGUUAGCACACCAAAUCAAAAUACCCCGAAGAACACAAACUGCGUUAACAAACCAAGUCAGAAUACCCCGAAGAACAGUGCUUUAACAAGCUCUCUUUCGGACGACAAAAAGCUUCAGCUGAGCGUACAGAAGGCUGCUGUUGAAAACGUGAAUCCAAAACCCACCCAAAAGAGUAGGCCGAACCAAACUGUAGGUGCCAAAGCCCCCAGUAUUACCUCGCUUCCUCCCGAUGGGAAAGUGCAAAUUCCUAAGUCUAAAGACAGCAUCAAGAAUUUCGAAUCAAAUAGCAAUGGAAAAACCGCAGCCGAUUUACCGAGGAACCUGUCUCCUUGGAAAGUCUCCUGUGCUCCAAUUGAGAGCAAACACUCUGAGGAAUGUAAAUCUCCUGCAAAAAUCCCCCACGUUGAUAGAAGUAAUGAUAUCAAAAAACCCGAGACCGCAAAGCAAACUCAUUUCGAGUCCGUCAGCGAGAAGUUCAGACGCUUCGAAAAGGAACUAGUCAACUCGAAACCUAAUUCGCCCACUCCUCGUCAAAAGCUUUCUAACGCUGGCAGUUUCGUAAGUGGUAAAUUAGUAAAUGGAACGAAACUUCCUUUCACGUACGAAACGAAACAGAAUGAGAAUAUACCGACACCCCUUCCCGCUAAGGACAACAAGAUCAUGCAGAAGAACAUGUCCAACCGCUUGAAUCCAAUCGCAGCUAAGAAACCGUCGAAUGGUGCUUUUGACUCUCCCAAUAAAAGUGUAACUCCAAGUGGAAAUAUCCCCAAUAGAAAGAACUUAGCCAACGGAUGUUCCCCUCUGAGUGGAGUCCAAGUCACUUCUAGUCCCAACCAAAUAGAAAUCACGAAACGGAAGAGAAGUGAACUAGAACGAUGUAUCAAAACAGAGAACGGAUGCUUAAGUGUCUCACUGCUUUCUCAGUCGCAGCAGGAGGCAGAGGCAAAAAAGAUGAAGAUGGUGCAACCAGAUGUAUCGAUACAGUUGAUGUCAUUCUCCCGUGAUAAGAAAGUAGAUACCCCUAAAGCACCCCCACAUCAGAAUCGAACAGCUCUGACGGAGAGCUCGAAAGCUAAAGAUAACUUAUCGUCCAAAGAGUCUCCGAAACUUUGCAUUUCCACCAAAGCGAAUGUUUCGCCACCAUCGCAACAGUCUGCUCAAGGUCAAAAGCGGGAGAAUAGUGGUCCUCUGGAUUUGUCGUCUGGAGACUCGCUUGGCGCCGGUUGUGGGCCCUCUGUAAAAAUUGAAAAGUUGAGUUCCUCACCCCCCGAAAAACGGAAAAAGAUGCCCCCGUUGGCACCAUUAAGAGUUCCUCCUUUAGGUUCCCUUGCAGAACUUGCACAAAGGACGGGCCAGCUGCAGAAGUCUAUUUCGAACCAAAAUGAUCUUAGAGAUUUUUCAAAGUAUCCUAAAGAGGCCAUUGAAUUCCUUCUCAGACACCAAUUCAACAAUAACAAUGAUAGCAAUGGAAGUAAUGAAAGCUCAAAAAAACUCCUCGAUGAAUUCGUGAUGAACUGUCAAAAUUAUGCAUUCACGCCUCCUUACUCAUUAAUGCGACCCAACAAUGGUUUGUCUACCGAAAACAACCAUAAAUAAUGUUUUUCUCCUUUUGCGAGUAAUAAUUGAGCUGGCUCGCUUACAUCACGGAUAUCUUUUCCGGUAUCCAUGCUGAGACUUUUGUAUCUUAUUCCUAUUAUUUUUCUAAAUGUAAAAUUAUGUAUAUUUAAAUUUUUUGUUACCAAAAAGAGAAAGAAAACAUCCUUCGAGUUCACCAAGCACCCAUGCUUUUGAUAUAACAGAAUCGAGCUAUGUAAACGAAAUACGGCUGGCAUGGCCUGCUGUCUAACUUACGUCAUUUAGGUUAAGUUAUGUAGCUCAAUUUUUUUUUACGUAUUGCAAUGAACCGGUGUCCCGUAUUUUGCUGUUGCAUCAGAUGGCAAGAAAAUUGCCUUCCUCCAUAGUGCAUAUAGUACAAUUUUAAAUAUAAUGUAGCAUAUAUAUGUAUACAUUAUGUUAUUAAUGGCCUAUUUCAAAACGUGUCUUAACGUGUGUCACAUCACUGGAAAAAAGAGAGAAAAAGUCUUAUUAAUUAAUAGCUCCGCAUCAAUCCCUAUGUCAAAAUUCGAGCAGAAACUCUUGAAAUAUUACUUUUUGGGAAAAAAUUCCCCCUCAUGUCUCACCAAAGCUUUAUCUUUGAAUCAAGUUUUACGCCGUUAGAUACACCGUUCCUACCUAUUCACGCAUAAUAUUACAUUUUUUUCCGUUUUCGAAGGGUUUAUUUUUUUAUUAUAACACAUGCGAGUUAUGUCCUAAGCUACACCAGUGUUUUUAAGGAAGUUAAUUUUGUUGAUUAUUUUUCUAUGAUAAAUUGUAUAUUCUUUAAUAAUUAUAUUUUCGUAGCGGUUAGCCAUGUUAACUAUUUUUCUAUUUAGUCUAAAAAUGUUUAUGUUUUACCAGGGUAAAUCGGUUGCAGUGUCGCACGAAACCAGACCCUUGCUCAUAAUGAGAUGAAAUUUAAUUUUUUGAUCUACGUGUGAAGUGAUACGUUACUACUCUAGAAUAGUGUUUAUUUGUAUUUCUUUACUUUUCGUUAAACUAUUUACUUAAUUGUCCGUCGCAAAAAGGGGGACAGACUCAUGUUGUGUCGUUCAUUAUCCAAAGUUAAUUUUUUCUUUGGAAGUUGUCUUCCAUCCUCUUUACGUAUCUUAUACUUAGCGCAAGCCUUUCAAAAGCUUUAAGCAGGCCUAUUUUUUUUUUGUAAAUGUAUACAAGACAUAAAUUUCUUUCUCAGAUCUUUUCAUGUAUCGGAAAUAAAUGUGCAUUUCAAAUUUCGAAGAACA